AUGACAUGCACCGUCCCCUUCUGUAUCCAGGAUUGGAUUAAAGUGGUAAAGCAAUGCCAAGCGGCAAGAGAGAAAUCCCCCGACAACUUCCAAGAUACUCCCCUGGAAGACCAAGUUCUGGAAAACGUCCAUCCAAGUCAGGUCCCCCACUUGAGGGAUUGGGCCGCCGUCAACGCCCUGCCCGAGGGACUACAACGAGCCGGAAAGGAAAUCUUCUUUUCCAACAAGACAUUUGCCAUGGACGGUGACUUCUCCCGCCAGAUGCAGGAGCUCCAGGUCAGCAACCUGACGAGCGAGGACCAGCAGAUUGCUCUUCGAUGCAUUCGCCAUGUGGUCUACAUCAUACAGUCAGCGCACACGCCCAGUAAAUUCGUGGCCAUAUACCCAAGUCUCUCCAAGUUCACGAAUCUCAAACGUCUCGAUAUGCUGUUCGUUAACCUAUAUGAAGUGCUGGACACGGCUUUCAUUGUGGAAAAACCAAUCGUCGAAGAAACGCUUUGGCCGGAGUUUAUAGACGCCCUUGAGGCCGUUGGCUUUGGCCCUGGAAAGGUGCAAUUCACGGUGUACAAGGUGCAGGAAGAUAUCCCUCUCAUCAUUAUCAAUGGGGAACGGGAAGCUGGGCUAGAGAAAUAUCCCACCAAUUUGACUCAUCUCUUGGACCACGUCUACGCGAUGCUAGUGUUAAGAGCUAGGCUUAUUGCGAAGGCUCGCCAGAAUGCAUUCGGGAGUGUUUCCAUGGACGUUAUUGAUGAUUGA